AAGCAGUAAGCACGAAGUUGUAAUGUUUUAUUUAGUCUGAAAAACAACUGGUGGAUACGUGAUCAAUACUUAGUAGGCAUAAGGUGUAAAUAAAACGCUAAAAACUAAGGUAAUAAUCGUUUUAGAAGGCUACUGUGCGGGCUAUUAUGAUGUCUAGUAAUUUACAAAUGCGGUGAUUUUCACUUGUUGAUCUCAGCUAGUGCGCCUUGCUAACUGAAGGUAGGUGGAGGAACUUAUUUAAGGUCUUGCAGAAAAGGAGGAAUAAUCUGAAAAGAGGUAUCUGUUGUACACCUGUUUGCACAAGGUUUACAAUCAAGUGGCGGUGUGCUGUGAUGUCGAUUAAUGAACAAUAUUUCAGGAAAUCAGAAGCCCAUCAUUUUGUUCGUUAAGUGACGUGACGUCGACGUUUGACACCUUUCAAAAGAACAAUAAACAAAAACAAUUUGUUGAUGCUGUCCACUUUUUACACACCGAAUUGGAAACUUUGACUGAGGAACUCGGCCUAUCUAAGGCCAAUAUAUUAUAUUGAGCACUUUAUAAUAGUAGAUAUUAAGAUGACCCAACCAGGUCCGAUCCUACCUCGCAUAGAGCGAAAACCACCGAUUCCAGCACAGCGAACUAUCGCAGUGGAGCGACCAAAACCGACAGAGCAGAAACAGCAACAGCAACGUGUAGUUUCAAACAUUUUCUACUUCACACGAAAUGCGGCGUACCACUGGCAGAGUCAUAAGAAGCAGACUGGAGUGGAAGACAUGGUUCUCCUGACCAAGAUUCAGGAGUCGGCCAUUGUGGAAAACCUUCGAAAGAGGUUCAUGGAUGACUGGAUUUACACAUACAUUGGUCCGGUACUUAUAUCAGUGAAUCCAUUCAAGCAGAUGCCAUAUUUCACAGAUAAAGAAAUUGAAAUCUACCAGGGAGCUAAUUCUGUAACAUCUAAUAACACAAAUGACAUGUCAAGUGGAGAGAGUGGUGCAGGAAAGACUGUUGCGGCCAAGUACAUUAUGAGCUACAUUGCAAAGGUUUCAGGGGGCGGGGCAAAAGUUCAACACGUCAAAGAUAUCAUUAUCCAAUCUAAUCCUUUACUAGAGGCUUUUGGGAAUGCUAAGACUGUCCGCAACAACAAUUCAAGUAGAUUUGGGAAAUAUGUAGAAAUUCAGUUCAGCCCAGGUGGCGAACCCGAUGGCGGGAAAAUUUCAAAUUUCCUUUUGGAAAAAUCACGAGUUGUCAGUCAAAACCCAGGAGAGAGAAGUUUUCAUAUAUUUUAUCAGCUCAUAAAUGGUGUUCCAGGAGACCAAAAGGAACAAUUAGGACUAACUAAUCCAGAGUACUACUAUUACUUAAACCAAAGUGGCGCUUACACCGUAGAUGACAUGGACGAUGCCAAAGAGUUCCGAGAUACAAUGGCAUAUAAAAGGACUAUGGGGGCUAUGAAUGUUAUUGGUAUACCAGAAGAUGAUCAAGAUAAUGUUUUGUCUUGUGUGGCUGGUGUGCUCCAUCUAGGCAACAUCAUGUUUGUUGAAAACGGAAACUAUGCAGCUGUCGAAAACGAUGAGUUCUUGGAUUUCCCAGCAUUCCUUUUUCAAAUCGAGAAGAGUAUUCUAGAAAAUAAGUUGAUAAGUCGUAAGAUGGACAGUAAGUGGGGUGGUAAGCAAGAAUCCAUUAAGGUCACAUUAAAUGUAGAGCAAGCGGCCUACACACGUGACGCCCUUGCCAAGGCAGUGCAUACAAGAAUUUUUGAUUACUUGGUUGAGUCUAUAAAUAGUGCGAUGGCGAAUGACAAGAAGAGGGUUAAUAUUGGCGUCCUGGAUAUUUAUGGAUUUGAGAUUUUCCAGAAGAAUGGAUUUGAACAGUUCUGCAUUAAUUUUGUAAACGAAAAACUGCAGCAGAUUUUCAUUGAACUCACACUCAAAGCUGAACAGGAAGAGUAUGUCCAAGAGGGUAUUAAAUGGAAAGCUAUUGAGUACUUUAACAACAAAGUUGUGUGUGACCUCAUCGAAUCAAAGAAACCAGUUGGAGUGAUGUGCAUUCUUGAUGAUAUCUGUGCAACAAUGCAUGCCGUCGUGGAGGGUGCGGAUGAAAAGCUACUUGGCAAGCUGGCCCUCUCCGUUGGCUCUAACGAAUACUAUCAAAGCAGUAGUGUAGGCUUUACAAUUCAUCAUUAUGCUGGCAAGGUGACCUAUGAUGUUAAUGGUUUUUGUGAAAGAAAUCGUGAUGUGUUGUUUCCUGAUUUGAUCGAGCUAAUGCAAUCCAGCCAAAAUCCAUUUAUUGUCCAGCUUUUUCCUGAGCAAGUUGGUAACAACAAGAGUCGACCAACCACAGCCAGCACUAAGAUUAAAGCUCAAGCUAAUAAACUAGUAUCGAGACUGAUGCAGUGCACUCCCCACUAUAUACGCUGCAUCAAACCUAAUGAAACAAAGAGACCACAUGAUUGGGAGGAAAAAAGAGUGGUUCAUCAGGUUGAGUACCUAGGUCUGAAGGAGAAUAUCAGGGUACGAAGAGCUGGCUUUGCCUACAGGAGAGAGUUUGACAAGUUCUUAAGAAGAUAUGCAAUUCUGACUCCAGAGACUUGGCCUAAAUGGCGUGGUGAUGUCAAAGGUGGAGUGAAGCACCUGAUGAAUUCAGUUAACAUGGAACCAGAUCAGUGGCAGCUUGGAAAGUCAAAGGUUUUCAUCAAGAACCCAGAAUCUUUGUUUUUGUUGGAAGAGCAAAGGGAGAGGAAGUUUGAUUCGUAUGCACGGCUUAUCCAGAAAGCAUUCCGUAAAUUUAAUGCCAACAAGCACUUUGAUCGACUCAAGAAACAAGCAAGUGAUAUUUUGUUCAAUAAGAAAGAGCGCCGCCGAUUCAGCUUGAAUAGGAAUUUUGCAGGAGACUAUAUUGGCCUCGAUAAUCAACCAAACUUACGUGUGUUUGUACCAAAGCGUGAGAGAGUAGAAUUUGCCGACAAAGUCAAGAAAUAUGACAGGAGGUUCAAGGUUACUAAGAGAGAUCUGUUGCUGACAAAUAAAUGCAUCUAUCUGAUUGGAAGAGAGCAGGUGAAGAAAGGCCCAGAAAAGGGUGUGAUAAAGGACGUGUGUAAACGCAAGAUUUCUAUUGACAUGUUGGAGUCGGUAUCACUCAGUUCAAUGCAAGAUGACUUUUUUGUGUUAAAUGUAGUGAAUGAUUAUGCAACAUUACUGGAGUCAACCUUUAAGACAGAGUUCCUAACAGUACUCAAUAAGAAAUCUAAGGAUUUGUUAGGAAGGGAAAUUCGUAUUAAUUUCGGUGAUAGCAUUGAUUUUGCAGUGAAGAAGGAAGGAUGGGGCGGAGGCGGAUCAAGAAGCAUCCAUUUUUCGAUUGGACGUGGGGACGAAGCUGUACUGAAACCAAGCGGAAAGACUCUGAGAGUGGAAAUCGGACCAGGACUACCAAGGAAUACUAGGCCUGGACCAAGGCAAACACAGCUAACAGCUCAUGAGAGACAAAUGGCAGGUGGCAGGCAAGGAGGUGGGCAUGCCAGACAGGGAGGUGGGCAUCAUGGCCAACGAAUGCAACACCAACCCAGCAUGCCAUCCUACGCAUCCGUACCCAGGAGGAGUGCCCCAGGUGCACCAAAUCCAUCAAAUUCUCGUCGUUCAUCUAAUCGUAGGAAUUCUGGUUCCACGCCCUCUUUACCACGGACAGGAGCGCAGAAUCUAGCAAGGCAGAUUGGAAAUGGAUCAUUAGCCAACCAGGAUUUCCUACAGACGCCUUCAUCAGGACAAACAGGGAGGAUGAGGCAGUCUUUAAGGCCAGGUAAGAGGCCACCACCAGCAUCGGGACAACCAAGGCCAGCUAGAGCACCGAAGCCUCAGCCAAACUACCCCAAGUGCAAAGCCUUGUAUGCUUACGAUGCUCAGGACACAGAUGAGCUUACUUUUAACACAGGCGAUGUUUUCUACAUUCUCAAAGAAGAUGACAGUGGUUGGUGGAGGGGAAAGCUCAAAGGCAGAGAAGGAUUGUUUCCAUCAAACUACAUCGAGAAAAUAUGAAAACACAAAUUAUGCCGUACAGAGGCUAAGGGGGGAAAUAGUUGUUAUCUAAUGUAUCUGUACUAUUGAGUGGUUGUGUAUGUAAAACAAAACCUGGGAAAUCAUGUAGUACGCCUAUCAUAGCUGAUAUUGAAAUUGAUAUUGGAAUACAAUACGUCAGAACAAUCUGUAUUCUUCAUUAAUGAUACCAAAAGUACAAAUUAUUAACGUGAAAAAAUGCGAAAGUAGAACCAUGAGAAACCCUGGGGUUUGUGCCGACAAGGUCAAUCUUUUCUACUCAAGUACUAUGUAUUUUUUAAACCAGAAAACUAAAACAAAUUGUUCUAAUUAAAUUACACAUAUGAGGUACUGUAAUUAUAUGGGAAGAGAGGGAGAAAUAUAUAUAGACAGAGCCCAAAUAUAACUGUUAAUGAUAUUUGUUUAUCAAAAAGAAAAUGAAUUUUUCGUGAGAAAUCUAGCGACGUAGUUGAUUCGUAUGCUUUUAAAUGCAUACUAAAUAAAUGAUAUUUUUCUAAUGUAUUUAGUAAAUAGAAUACUAAUUGAAAACAUAGAUUUUCUCUUAGGAUUGCAAUGCAGUCAAACAAUUUGUGUGUUGGUUCAGUUGGUGAAUGGCUACAGCUAUGUUUCUGAUUUGUCCAUUUUAAAAAUUGUCUUUUAAUAAUUAUCCAAUAGAAUUCCAGCAUAAAAAAUAGAAUUCAAAAUUUUCUGGUAAUUAUCCCAUUUACAUGGAAUUUGUACCAGAUUCAAGAAAAGUGAGUUUUACCAUUCAUCCUACAGUUGUUUUCACUGUUGCUUUUAAUGCUGGGUGUGUAAAAUGUCCAUAAAACUGACAAGCAAGGAACAUCGCUUGAUGGUACUUUACUUAUAGUACCAUUGCAUUGUGGGCCAUAUUCUACAGACAAUGCCUUUUUAUUGGUUAGUUAUUUAUCAGGUAAUUUUCAGUUGAUGUGGAAAUCGGACUUAAAUAAUGUAGAUAUUUAUAAUGAUUUUGUAACUACAUGCUAAAAUGUCUUUAUGGUGAGAUAUUUAAUUGAUUAUAAAUCAGUUAUUUACCAAGAAAUUCUAUAUUAAAGAUUUUUUAUCAGAUGUUUAGGAAAGCCUGUGCAAUUUCCUUAAGUUAUAGAAUAGAAAGUAUACUGUUGAUCUGGUUAUAAUUAUAUUUGUUAAUAUUCUUUUUGGAGUUUUCUAUAUAAAUUAUACUAUAUUUUGGUCUUUAGAAAUUGAUAUAAGAUUUGCACAGGUAAUAAGCUUGCACAGUAUAUCUUCUUACCAGCUUUUGUACUAUAGAUAAUAUAUUUUCAAGAUUUUUCUACGGUAAAUAAUGUAUGGCUAGCUGCACAUAUCUAUAUAUUUACUUUACAGUGUGUGUACUCAUGCACCUAUCCCUUGCAUUUCCUGCACAUAUGGGGGUGUGUUCUAAUAAGGAAAUUCUUUUUUAGCUGAGGUGUUGUUCCUGGGUGCAGAAUCCAUGAUAACUAAGUAGAUGCAAGAAUUCAGCUGAGGUCUGGUAUCAGCUGGAUUGCAAUCAUGUAAGAUGGGCUUUAAUCUGUACUUAGUAAAUGUACCUCAACGAGAGAUCAGAGUAGCAUUCUCCUAUCAAAUAUCACAAUGUCUGUAAUAGGCAAAACCUUUGAAUUUGUCAUUGUCUGGAGCAGUACUGUUGACUCUAUGUGUGUGCCUAACAUAUGCCAACCAGGAAAGAAUAUAUAUAUUUUAUUAUCAUGCCUCCAUGCAUAAUUAAGUUUACUUGCUAAAUAAAAAAGUAAUUGUUACUGGUAGAUGCUUCAGGAAUUACAAAAGUCAAGGCUUGUAAAUAGUCUUUAUAUUUUUCAACAGGGCCCUUUGUCCUAUUUCUUUUAUAGUCUGUAUUUCUCUAUCUGAAUUGCUUCUCAAUUUUGGUACUGAUGAAUAAAAGGAACUGUGCUUUUAAA